UUGAUUCUUCAUCACAACAAGAUGAAAUUCGUCCUUUUUACUUUGUUCCUUUGUGGAUUCGUCCUGGAAAUCAAUGCUGGACGUGGUUUUCAAAAACCGAAAAAACCAAGGUCGUUUGCAGGAAUAAGAACUGUUGUGGCAUGUGAGGGAUCAGAGGCUCAAAUAUCGUGUGCGAAUGAGGAUAUAUUUGUGAUCGGUGCUAUAUAUGGACGCAGCGAUCGGAUGACGUGCUCCUAUGGGAUACCUGCAGAGCAGACGAAGAACACUAAUUGUGCUACGAAGGCAGAAUCCGUGUUUCAGAAAUGCGAGGGGAAAUCAGCGUGCGCUGUCUUAGCCAGCAGCGCUGUGUUCGGAGAUCCCUGUGUUGGGACCUACAAGUACCUGGAGGUGCUAUAUCUAUGUGAAAUUCCAUUUGCAACUGAAUGAAGCGACGAUCAGAUCUGCUGUGCUGAGGAUGAAAUGCAUCAUAAUCAGUAACAUCUACAGACGUUGUGAUCCACUGAUGUGCAGCUUCAUCUGUCUUCAGUUUCUUUUUAUGUUUACUUAGCAUUUUAUUUGUUUUUCUU